AACACACAAAGCGAGCCCGCACUCCAGCUUGGCGUUCAGUGUGGUUCAGACGCUCCGUCCACUUCAUUUAGGUUCGUUUGUUUUCGGUUUGCGCGCAGACCCCCCGACACUAAGCAGCCAUGGAUGCCAUCAAGAAGAAGAUGCAGAUGCUCAAGCUCGACAAGGAGAAUGCCUUGGACAGAGCUGAGCAGGCCGAGUCAGACAAGAAGGCAGCUGAGGACAGGAGCAAACAGCUUGAGGAUGACCUGGUGGCACUGCAGAAGAAGCUGAAGGCAACUGAGGAUGAGUUGGACAAGUACUCUGAAGCCCUGAAGGAUGCCCAGGAGAAACUGGAGCUGGCUGAGAAGAAAGCCACAGAUGCUGAGGGUGAUGUAGCUUCCCUGAACAGACGUAUCCAGCUGGUUGAGGAGGAGUUGGAUCGUGCUCAGGAGCGUCUGGCCACAGCUCUGACCAAGCUGGAGGAGGCUGAGAAGGCUGCUGAUGAGAGCGAGAGAGGCAUGAAGGUCAUUGAGAACAGGGCAAUGAAGGACGAGGAGAAGAUGGAGCUGCAGGAGAUCCAGCUGAAGGAGGCCAAACACAUUGCUGAGGAGGCUGACCGCAAAUACGAGGAGGUGGCCCGUAAGCUGGUGAUCAUUGAGAGUGAUCUGGAACGUACAGAGGAGCGUGCUGAGCUGUCUGAGAGCAAAUGCUCUGAGCUUGAGGAGGAGCUGAAGACCGUGCAGAACAACCUGAAGUCUCUGGAGGCCCAGGCAGAGAAGUACUCACAGAAGGAGGACAAGUAUGAGGAGGAGAUCAAGGUUCUGACAGACAAGCUGAAGGAGGCUGAGACCCGUGCUGAGUUCGCUGAGAGAUCAGUCGCCAAGCUUGAGAAGACCAUUGACGACCUGGAGGAUAAAGUCACACGUGCGCAAGAAGAGGGCCUGAGCAUAAAGCUGAUGCUGGAUCAGACUCUAAUGGAGAUGAUUAACAUUUGAGCCAGCUGUGUUUCUCUCCCCACAUUGCUUCAUCUGCUCUGAACAUGGCUGCUUCCCACAUAUGGCUGCUACUGGUAAUGUGGGAGCUUGUGUCUAUUUGUCUCCUCUGACCUCGUCAACUUGAAGACACGAGCUCUACACAAAGUAGCAGAAUAAACUUUGGUGAGCUACACUUCAACCACACUGUUUUCUGUAUUCAAAGGUCAGUUAAAAUUCACUGUAUAUCUGUACUGGUUUACAUGGAUAUGUUGGGAAUUUGCACUUUUUGGGGAAAAGCACUGCACAUAAUCGUCAUGAAUGAAGCCAUAAUUUAAGCCAAGGUUAUAUAAAAGGGACUUUUAUUAUAUGUACUUUUGUAAAGUUGUUUUUUGUGUCAGUUUCUGCUGUAUUGUGAACAUUUAUUCAUUGUCAGUGAUAUUCUCUUCCAGUUUAGCAAGGAAGGAAUUCUUAGGAUGGUCGUGAAUGUACUGUAUUGUUUCCGCUAAGCGGAAGACAUGCUUGUGCACUGUACUCAUGUUUCUGUUGCUUAUGUAGAU